UUCAUUGAAUUUACAAAUAUAUUCAACACUUUCGCCAAUUUAAUCGCAAAGUAUUUUUCUGUACGCUAUUUAUCGCUAAAUUAAUUCAUGUGUUGUUUUAGCCAUUUAUUGUUUAAAGUCUGAUAGAGUUUUGUUGGUAAAACAAAAUGUUAAUCAAUACACACAUUAUAUUGUUAUGUCUGUCGACAUUAAACAUCAUUAAAACAGCUUUUGGAAACUAUUGUAACUCGAGCUCAAGAAUACCCUACCAGUCGGCAUACAAUGUGGGCCGAUAUGUCUAUUUGGGUCAGGGAUCCACAAAUGUCUGGGAGUUGGACUCCUAUUCCAAGAGUCUCAGUGACAUUAAAUACGAUGAAAAAGCAGUGUUUGGAAAGGAUUCAUUUUAUUGGGUCGACACUGCCAUCAGCUUUGACUUCGAGGAAUGCGAUCGAAGCAAACAAAGUGCCACUUAUUGUGAUGUCAUCGAGAAAGCCAAGAGUUUAGUGAUAGGAGUGGGCCGACGAUCGGUGACUGUCGGCGAUGAGAGAAGAUAUGGUUAUAUUACUUAUCGUCUGUCGGACGGCAAGAGUUUGACUCCGAUUACUGACAGCAAUGAAGAGAUUUUGUGGGAUCUGAAGCCGAAUGGCUCCUUAUCCGAUGACUUCUGGCCACCUCUGAAGGGAGGGGAGCUAUACUGCGAGUCCGGUGUUUUCGUGCGGUCCAGAAAUCAAUUGCUUUUAGCACUCUAUGAUGCCAACAGUUAUAGUCAGCCCGAUCACCUCAUGUCUCGCAAGUUUGAGGCCAACGGUCAAUGGGCUGACGGCUGGACUGAAGUGGCAAAAGUCAACUUCAAAGGCAUGUUUGAGAUCGACGGACGAGUGUUUGGUUUCGAUAAGAGGAAUGACUCCAUCUUUGAGUUUAUUUGGAUUGACGACCAAAAAGUGGAAUUUCGACGAAUU